CAAAGCAGCACGGACCCGCAGACGUAUUGUCCAAUCAGGGCUCUUGAACUGAGGAGCGUGUAUUAGAUGCGACGAUAUGUCACACGUAUUGGGUCCACUGAGAACUCAUCAGCUGUCUGAAGAAGUGUGCAUGAUCUGAAGAGGCAGAAUGGGUAGGAGUUAUUUUGUAGAUGAAGCUGUGGGGGAAUAUCUUAGUGGGCUUCAGGCAGCUCCUGGAUCAUGUGUGACCGGACUCCUGGCUGGUCAAUCCUCUCCUCAGAGAGAUUUUGUGGUGCUGGCUGUGCAGACUCCUCACAGGGAGAGUGAGGGGCAGCUGAAGGCUCUAAAAGGGGUCAGCCCACUGGAUGACAUUGAUGUGGAGUGGGUCACCGAACAUGCCAAGCAGGUGUCCCGCAUGUUACCAGGAGGUCUUUGUGUUCUUGGUCUGUUUUUAGUGACCCCACCUGAACUUUCCAAAGAUGCCCAAAAUGCAUUAAAAAGGCUUAUAUUUGCCGUGGAGAAAUACAUAAUUAAAGGGAGACUCUGGGAACUGUCAGAGGAGGAUGUGACUGAUCGAGUCACCCUGCAUAUCUGCUCCAAAACAAAGAAACUUCUCUGCAAAACAUUUGAUGUAAAAGAUCCAAAGAGUUCGGCCAAGCCAGCAGACUGGAAGUAUCAGACAGGUAUCUCAUCGUCCUGGCCCAUGCUGACCUGCUCUGUUGAGGUGGAUCUGCAGAUCCCUGUGACAGGAUCUUCUUCUGAUAACACAGACAAGUGCAUGAAGGAUGGUCUUAGGAGGUGGGCUAAACAGAUCGAGGCUGCUUACUGUCUCAUAAAUGGCAGACAGGCAUUAGAUGACUCUGAACUCAUAUCAGGACAGGCACAUGUUUGUUCUUUUCAGAAAAAGAAUCCCAAAACAACCAAUCGUCAGACACUGCCAGCACGGAUCUUUGUCUCAGAUGAACAGUCAGAGCUGGGUGAGCGGAGCAGUGCUCUGGUUCAGGUGUGCAGUGGCUCCAUGAGGGUUCGAGGGGUGGUUCACUGCAGGGCCUACAUCCACAACAACAAACCCAAAGCCAGGCAUGCAGCACAGGCCAUUAAGAGAGACAUCAUAAACACGGUUUGCUCCAGAGUGGAAAUGUUUCUGGAAGAUCUUUGUAUAAAUGAAGGGAGUCAAAAAGGUUUGUGCAGUGGGCAGCAGGCCCUUCCUCGGCGUGUGUUUGCACCCAUGCCCAUCUCUGGCCUGUCUGUGUGUGACUACAUGUUCCCAGAUGAAAGUACAGCUGAUGUGGCUGAGCGUCUGAAAGAGAUGCUGGACUGCGAAACACCAGAAGAGGACAUAGAUACUAGUUUGGAGAACAAUCAAUUAUUUUCCAUUAUUUCUGGAUUUGAAAUAACUGACAGCCAAGAUGAUGAUUCCAGUAAGCAUGUCUCAGAAAUCCAAGCUGAAAAUCACAAAAUUCAGAAACCCCCUAAAUAUUAUGCUGUGGGUUCAGGACGCUAUAGUUCAUUUAUGUGUGGCCCUUGCAGCAGCCAUUGCUCUCCUUGCCACAGCCACAUCUCUACUGUAUUUCAGUUAAUGGAAAAAGCAAAAAUGUUUGUAUGAGUGAGUGUGUAAGUACAGGUAUGCAUAAGUGAGUGUGUAUGUUUGUAUUAUAUACUCUAUGAUUUUAAAUAUGAUUUCAAAUAUAAUUUUUACCUUUGGACUAUUAUAGAAAUAUAUAAAAUACAAUAUAAGGCAAGAUUAUAUGGAGACUCCCUUAUAAUCAAUAAUUUUGGCUAUUCGGGUCAAGCCAAGUGUUUUUUUUUUUUUUCUUGGAAUCUUUCCUCCUAAUUUUCUUUGGAAGAUUGCUCACUAGUGGCAUGUUUGCACUCAUGCAGCCUCAAAAACAGAUCAAAAGAAAAACAUUAAUUGUUAAUUAAAAACGUUUGUGGUUUCCCUCA